AAUCGAAAAUAACUCUCCGAGUUCCACUUCGUAGAAUUUGCUGCUGCAUUACAAGUGAAAUACCAUCUCUCUCUACAGACUAGAGAGAUCACAGAUUAGAUUUUUUGCAGUCUUCUUUUCUAUCUAAUAAGUUCGAUUUCCAGCAUCAAUUAAAGUUAAUUUGGGGGAAAUAAAUUGAAGAAUUAUUUCGACGAUUUCAAAACAGUUGAAGGUCUGUUUUGGACUAAUUUUCUAAUAUCGGAGACAACCAUGACCCGACAGAGAAACAGAAGUUCCAGAGAACCAAUAAAUUCCCAUGGCAGUGAAGAAACUGUUAGUUCAUCUAAUAAUACUGCUUCUGGGUCCGAGGAAAUGCUUCAUUUACGAAGUGCGAAAAGGUCGUCUUCUGCAAUGCUGACAUUGUGUGCAUUGAUUAUGUAUUGCUGUUGGAGUGUUUAUCAUUAUCAGUAUGAGAACUUACCACUGCCUCAAAGUGCUGAACAGGCGGGGAAACGAGGGUUUUCGGAGAUAGAGGCUAUGAAACAUGUCAACGCUUUGGCGGAGUUGGGUCCGCAUUCUGUUGGUUCAGAUGCUCUUGAUCUUGCUGUGCAGUAUGUGCAGCGCGCUGUCGAAAAAAUAAAAAAUACAUCUCACUGGGAGGUUGAUGUUGAGGUGGAGAAAUUUCAUGUCAAGGGUGGUGCAAAUCGUCUAAAUGAUGGCUUAUUUGUUGGGAAGACACUUAUAUAUGCUGAUCUGAAUCAUAUUAUCUUGCGGAUCACACCCAAAUAUGAAUCUGAAGCAAAGCAGAACUCUGUUCUGGUCUCAUCCCACAUCGAUACUGUUUUCUCUACGGGAGGAGCUGGUGAUUGCAGUUCAUGUGUUGCGGUCAUGUUAGAGCUUGCAAGAGGAGUCUCACACUGGGCUCAUGGUUUCAAGAGCUCUGUCAUUUUCUUGUUUAAUACGGGUGAGGAGGAGGGUCUAAAUGGUGCUCAUAGUUUCAUUACCCAGCAUCCAUGGAGUGAAACUGUUCGUGUUGCUAUUGAUUUAGAGGCCAUGGGUGUUGGAGGGAAGGCCCACAUAUUUCAGGCUGGACCUCAUCCCUGGGCUAUCGAAAAUUUUGCCUUAGUGGCCAAGUAUCCAUCUGGUAAUGUCAUGGCACAGGAUCUGUUUUCUUCUGGUGUUAUUAAAUCUGCUACAGACUUUCAAAUUUACAAGGAUGUUGCUGGUCUUUCUGGACUUGACUUUGCAUUUUCAGACAAUACAGCAGUGUACCACACAAAGAAUGACAAGGUGGAAUUGCUAAAGCCUGGCUCUUUGCAGCAUCUUGGAGAAAAUAUGUUGGCGUUUUUGCUUCAGACUGCGUCUUCAUCUGAUCUUGUGAAAGGCAAUGCUUCUGGAGCAACAGAGAAAAGUGAUCAGAAUUCUGCCGUAUAUUUUGACAUUUUGGGGACUUACAUGAUCGUGUAUCGUCAGCAGUUUGCAAAUAUGCUACACAAUUCGGUGAUUAUGCAGUCGCUGUUGAUAUGGUUUAUGUCCUUAACUAUGGGCGGUUAUACAGCUAUAGUUUCAUGUGCUUUGUCAUGUUUGAGUGUUAUCCUCAUGUGGGUACUCUCUAUAAGCUUCUCUGUUCUUGUUGCAUUUUUACUAUCAAGCAUGUCAUUGGCAUCAGUACCAUACAUUACAACUCCUUGGCUGGUUAUUGGUUUAUAUGGGUUCCCUUCUCUUCUUGGGGCAUUUGCUGGUCAACAUCUUGGCUUUCUCCUUCUGCAGAAGUAUUUGUCAAAUACAUAUGCUCAGGGCAAAAGAACUGUGGGGCCUUCAAUUCAAGUUAAUUUGGCCAGGUUAGAGGCUGAAAGGUGGCUCUUUAAAUCAGGAACAAUCCAGUGGCUGUUUAUAUUGGUGCUGACACAUUAUUUUAAAGUGGGUUCUUCAUACGUACCCUUGGUUUGGCUUGUUACGCCAGCUUUCUCAUAUGGGCUAUUAGAGGCAACAUUGUCCCCCAUUCGGUUACCCAAGCCACUGAAGACUGCAACCUUGCUUCUUGCUCUAUCAGUUCCUCUCGUAGUUUCUGCUGGCUCAAUCAUUCGAAUAAUCGGAGUGCUCAUCGGGACUGCUGUGCGCUUUGACAGAAAUCCUGGGAGUGCUCCUGAAUGGCUAGUAAAUGUAAUUGUGUCUGUAGUUGUGGCAGCUGUUGUGUGCUUGACAUUGGUGUAUCUACUUUCGUACGUCCACCUUUCAGGAGCUAAAAUGUCUAUCAUUCUGGUGAGUUGUGCUUUCUUUUUCUUCUCUCUGGCUGCAAUAUGGUCCGGUCUCAUUCCAAGUUAUACUGAAGAUACUGCUAGAGCUGUGAAUGUUGUUCAUGUCGUGGAUACAAGGGGACUAUAUGGAAAUGCGAAAGACCUCAGCUCAUAUGUGUCACUUUUUUCCUCAACGCCAGGGAACUUGAAUAAAGAGAUUGAACAGCUCAAAGAGGGUUUUGUAUGUGGUAGAGAGAAGGCUCUUGAUUUUGUUACUUUCUCUGUGAAGUAUGGUUGUUUAACCUAUAAUGAAACUGAAAGUGGAUGGAGUGACCUCGAUAUUCCCAUAUUUGAAGUUAAGAGUGACAAGAAGAUGGACUUAACAGAAGUUUCAAUUGACACAAAAGUUUCAACGAGAUGGUCUAUAGCAAUCAACACUGAUCAAAUAGCGGAUUUUGAAUUCAGAGUCUCAGGUUAUCCUGAGGUGCUAGUUCCCUUGGGCAACAAGAGUAGUGUAGAUGGCUGGCAUAACAUCCAGUUUUCUGGAGGAAAGAAUGCUCCAACAAAAUUUGAUCUCACUUUCAAAAGGGUCGGAAAUGCUAUUCAUGCUUCUGAGCACCUGGACAAUGAUCUACAGAAAUAUCUUAUAAAAUUGAGAACUGAUGUAGACAGAUUAACUCCCAAAACAGAAAAAGUUUUGACGAAGCUUCCAACUUGGUGUUCUCUUUUUGGGAAAUCAACUUCUCCACAUAAGCUGGCAUUCUUGACUGCCCUACCUAUUGAUUACUAAGCCUGUAAAUUGAGUUUGGAAAUUUGUGUUAUAGUUGGAGAAGAUGCUACAUUCAUAUCAAACUACGAAAACUAGACGCUAGUAUAUUUAGAUUUGUAAGAUUAUCUAGUUAGUAUGUUUGUUGAAUAACUUCUAAUUAAUUGAUUAAAAUGUUUGUUUUUUCCCACUCA